AUGCUCUGUGUUAAAUCACAAUAUAAACCGAUUAUUCUUCAAUUAAAAACUAGCAUGCACAGUCAAAUGGAAUCUCAACAUUUUCAUUAUACUCCAAGAACGCGCGUUCGUGAACGUCCGCUACAUUGGUUUAUUGUCUUCAUAUCCUAUUUGUUUAUCUUUCUUUUGGUUCUCGAAUCUGUUGCAUUCAUUGUACUUGGCGCAUGGCAUUUAAGCAUACCACGACUCGAAAAUAUCCUGACGUUCUCGGAUCGAAUCUAUCGACGUGAACUUGGUUUCGGUAUUCUUCUUGUGAUCAUUGGAUCUCUUGGAAUUUUCAUUAGCAUCAUCGGCAUCAUUGCGACAAUUACACUACGCGUGUCGGUGUUAAGAGCAUACGCAUCAUGUCUAUGGAUUUUGAUGAUUCUUGGUAUAAUUAUUGGAAUCAUUGGCAUCAUAUUUGCUUCUCAAGUUGACGGAUACAAGGAAGAGGAUAAAAUCACUAAUCCAAACUUAGUAGAAAAAAAUUACGACGAAGAAAAGUUUCUAUUAGGUAUGAAUGGCGGUUUAACUCUAUUCAUGAGUUUGACUAUGCUUGUUGGUAUUAUAAUCAUUCAUUGUCUGAUUGGUGAUGUUAACGAUUCAUAUGGUCGGUCAUACGUUCGCGCCAGAUAA